AUGGUGAUCAGAUUGUUGUAUGUCAAACAUGUUUUGCAAAAUUAUGGAAAGAUGAAGCUGUCAGAUGUAAAAAAAAAGGAGAAUGAAAAUUAUUCUCUACGUUGUGCUUAUGGCAAAGUUGAACUACCAGAUGGAGAAAAUCAACGAUCUACAUCAAAUUCUUCUGUUCUUGAUAAUGAUAUUAUACAAAAUUUGAAGUUGAUAGAUAUUGUUGUUCAAACUUCAUCUGGUUCUCUACGGCGUAUUAGUGAAUUACAUCCAUCCUACCCUCCUCUUCAAUAUCCACUACUGUUUCCAUAUGGUGAUGAUGGUUACAGGGUUGACAUACCACAUCGAGGUAUUACACCUUCAAGCAACAACAAGCGGUUGUUCCAACAGUUUUUGGUAGAUGCUUAUACUAUGAUCGAAAGCAAGAGAUUACAUUUCAUAAGGAGCAAACAACAAAUUCUUAUAUGCGAGUCUUAUGAGAAUUUACGUAAUCAACAAGACCUCGGGAAUAAAGAUAUAUCCAACGUCAGACAACGUGUUAUCUUACCUUCUUCAUUCAUUGGUGGUGCACGUUAUCUGAUGCAAAACUACCUUGACGCUAUGACCUUAUGUGAUGUCAAUGAUUAUCCCUUAUAUAUGAGAAGAAACAAUGGUUAUUAUGUCGAAAAAUCAGGGGUUAAGUUAGACAACAGAAAUGUUGUUCCAUAUAACAAAUAUCUGUUAAAAAGAUAUCAGGCACACAUUAAUGUUGAAUGGUGCAAUCAGGGAUCUUCCAUAAAGUAUCUGUUUAAAUAUAUAAACAAAGGUCCAGAUAGAGCUACAAUUGUUGUUGAGAUCAACACUGCUUCUCAUCAAGAAAAGGUUAUGGGUGAAAUAAAAGAUUAUUAUGAUUGUAGAUACAUAUAUGCAUGUGAAGCAUCAUGGCGACUAUUUAAAUAUGAUGUUCAUUACCAAUAUCCUUCUUUGAUGCGACUACCUUUUCAUCUUCAUGAUCAACAACAAGUCAUAUAUGCUGCAGACGAUGAUAUUGACGAUGUUCUUGAACAACUUUCAGUUGCUGCUUCUAUGUUCACAUCUUGGAUAGAAUGUAAUAAAAUUAAUAAAGAUGCACGAAAACUUACAUAUGUUGAAUUUCCUAUAAAAUUCUUUAUAAAUAAAGUGAAAUGUCCAAAAUCAUUUGAAGAAAUUCGUAUUGUAAAUGGUGAAGAAUUUCCUACUUUUCGAGAUGCAUGUUAUGCUUUGGGCCUCUUGGAUGAUGACAAAGAAUACGUUGAUGCAAUUAAGGAAGCAAGUCAUUCAGGAACUGGUUUUUAUCUGUGUUUCUUAUUUGCUACGAUGUUAAUGUCUAAUCAUUUCUUUAGACCAGAGUUUGUUUGGGAAAAUACAUGGCAACACUUGUCUAAUGAUAUUCUCUACUACCAACAACGUAGAUUAAAGUCUCCAGGUUUUUCACUCAAUGAGGAUCACCUUAAAAACAUGACUUUGUUCGAGAUCGAACAAAUUUUAUUUCAUAACAACACCAGUCUAAAAAAUUAUAAACAAAUGUCUUACCCUGAUUCUGAUACAGUUUCUUCCUGCCUUAUCACGGAGGAGCUAGACUAUGACAUACCGCUUUUAAAGAAAGAGUUUGAUGGUAUGUUUCAUGCAUUAACAAACGAGAAACGUAAUAUUUUUCUUGAUAUCAUGACUACAGUCAACGAUAAGAAAGGAUGUGUGUGUUUUGUGUAUGGAUAUGGUGGAACGGGCAAAACCUUUCUUUGGAAGACAAUAUCUACAGCAAUUAGAUGUAAUGGUGAUAUAGUUUUAAAUGUUGCUUCAAGUGGUAUUGCAUCGUUACUAUUGCCUGGAGGUAGGACAACACACUAUCGGUUUAUAAUUCCGUUGAAUCUUACGGAGGAUUCUGUUUCUUUAGAUCGAGCUCUGAAAGAUGUAUGUAAGUUUGAUAAGUCUAGCAACUCAAAAAUUCCAUUUGGAGGGAAAGCGAUUGUUUUUGGAGGAGACUUCAGACAGAUUCUACCUGUUGUUCAAGGAGGUAGUAGACAAAAUAUCGUUAAUGCUUUUUUAAGUUCUUCAUAUAUAUGGCAACAAUGCAAAGUCCAUAGAUUAACAAUAAACAUGAGACUAACCGUUGGAAGGGAUCCAUCUGAUAUUCGAAAAAUACAUAAUUUUGCAAACUGGCUUUUGGAUAUAGGAGAAGGAAAAGUUGGUGGUUCAAACGAUGGCGAAGCGAUUAUUUAUGUUCCAGAUGAUAUUCUAAUUAAUGAUCCACAUGAUCCUAUAGGUUCAUUAAUUAAGUUUAUAUAUCCUUCAAUCUUGGAAAAAUUCAACGUUACGAGCUAUUUUCAAGAAAGAGCUAUACUAGCUCCCAAAAAUGAAGUUGUCCAACAAAUCAAUGAUCGUUUGUUAGCAUUGUUUCCCGGAGACGAAAUAUAA